GUGGCGUUGGGUUGCAGAACGCGCCAGUUGUUGUCUCCGAUCAUAUAGCCCAGCUCUCGCUCAUCACAACACACAUACAUUGCACUACACGCGCGGGGUGCAAGAGCGACGGCAUAGCAGCCACAUCCCCACACUGUGCAGGACGUUCCACACCCGUGUGGAAGGAGGAGAAGCAAAGAAGAAGAAGAAGAAGGACAAACAACAAAAAAAAACAACAAACAACAAACCAAUCGGUACCAGGUACAGCAGGACACUGCGUGGAGUAGCAAGCAAGUGCGUGCGACAGGAAUUGUUCAAGCCACAGUUUGUGUGUUGUUUCCCCUUGCACAGUGUGCACCGUUUGGGCUGGAAGUAAAGCAUCCUUCACAGCCAUGUAGUGUAGUGUACAGUGAAAUCGCUCCAAAAAAACUGCAAAAAUGUAACCGUUCGUGUGUAACGAUUUGGCCGUUAGCAGUGUAAGCAAAGCAGAUGCAUUCACAGUGUGAAGUGAAGUGUUGCGUUGCAACGAACUGUGCCACCAAUAGUGCAGCCAGCCCGGCAGUAGUAGUACGUCGGUGAAGCGGAAGUGGCAUGAGGCACUAGCAGUAGCAUUAAUAGUAUUAGUAGUGUAAUACAUCGCUCAACUAUUCUUCUACCCAGUGAAGUGAAUUUCGAAGGUUGUGCACACUCUAAUGUUAAUGUUUUCACUAUCGUGUACCGUGUAUCUGUGGUUGUGCGUUAAUUCUGUCUAUUGUUUUCGGUUGAUGUUGAUGAAGCGUGGUGCCAGCUGUGUCCGCCGAUAGUGUUGCAGUAGUGUCGCUAGUGGUACGUGCAGUGAGCUAAAGCAACCACCUGGCGCUACCGCUGUAACGCGUGUACGAAUGGAUGUUAUCGAUAAUAAGAUAUUUUCUAUCACCUGUUUAUACAACGCAUUAUACAUCUCUCGCUCACUCUCGCUCUGCAUGCAUACGGACAAGCCGUAGUGUGUGUAAACAAAAUAAAAAAAAAAAACCCUGUGUUGUGUAUAGUAAAACUGUGGUAGCGCUUGGCGUCUAUUUUGUCAAGGACAUUCACGUGUGUGUGUACAAAAAUUAAACCCAAAAGCCCCCCUGCCGAAAACUGGACGGGCUGGAGUGUAGAUCGAAAUCGCGAAACCUCGUACGGUUGUGAGCCAGUAACAGUUGGCCGGCAGGCCAAAGGCAGCAGCAGUGCUCGGCGCCCUUGGGGCGAAUCCUCGGUCGCUGCUCGUGGUCUUCCCGCGGUCAGACACUUCCCGAGCGGUGUAGGCUGUACAAUCAAUUGGUGUACAGUGUAGCAAGCAAGCUAAACAAAACAGAUAACCAAUAACCGUCCUCUUUAAAGUGUAAGUGUAAGCAAGUAACGCGUUGUCCCGUCGGCGCGGGACAGAGCAGCGAGUUGGUCUCGUUCUUUUUAACUCAUCAGCUCAUCCAUCUCUUUCACGGUGCCGGGCGGUGCGUUACCGUAACGCUGGCGCGCACUGUUACUGUUUUGUAGUUCAACUUAAUACGUGUAAUAUUAACCCACGAGCGAGUGAUUGGUACGAUAAUCAGCGUAGGAAGGAGGUCCGCAGCAGCACCAACACUCUGCAUUCCGCUUGAAACGUGUGUGCCAAAAAAAAAACCACAACAAUAAUCCACCGAACUGCAACGAGCGAUACAACAGUAGAGUGCAAAAACGGCAACGAAUCGAAGAGGCCACGCUCAACGAAGGCAACUGACAAGUGGCUGUCAUUUAACGUGCGACUCGGUAGGAAUAGUAGUUAGGUCGGUUUACCGCAAGAGGGCCACAUGCGUAGUAGUGUCGGUGGCCGGUUUACGCGCUGUAACCGUUUAAUUUCCGGUGCGGCGGAACAAAAACACACAAAUCCAUGCAACAGUUUGCAUGGGUAAAUGGGUAAAGCCUAAUUUUCGUUUGCCAGCGCGGUAAGCCCGGUGGGUUGUGACUGUGUAAAAAUCAACGAGUGUUACUAGUGCUAAUGCCGGUACGCUUCCUGGCAAGCGGUGAUCACGAUGGUACGGCUCGUUUGGCGUGAUUGUGGAACUGUGGCACCACCGGAAAGACCGGCAACGCGAUGGUACUGAAGAAAAAUGGCUUCCUUAAGCACCGAACGGCGCUGGUCGUUGGUACCGGUGAUCGAAGCAACCGGUGAAUCGGCAAAGGAUUCUGUUGUUUAACGUGGUUGUGAGCAAGGUGCGUGUGUGUGAGUGAGUGUGGAAGGAAUGUCAAAAGUGCGUGCGUACGGGUGUGUACGAAGUUGGGAGUUUUACCGUGCCCGGUGCGCUGAUGGUGCCGUUGCUUUCCGGUAAUUGCACCGCACGAGCAAAAGUUUCCCACCCUCCUCACCGCCCACGACUGGCAGUGGCAGUGGAACACCUCGCGCGGGAUAACGAUUGCGAUAAAUGAGCUUUGCGAACGAUUGUGACUGCGUGGCGUGCGUGUGCGAUUGCGAUACGUGGUGAGGUAGAAGGACGCCGAAGGUGAGCAGAAGCGACCGUGUGUUAGUGAGCAUGCCUGAAUAUGUGUUUGUGUGUAAGCAAAAGGUGUUGGGCUGAAAGAAUUUGCAACAACGGCAAUCUCCUUUAAGCACCACGAGGGCCAAGCAAAGUCGGGGAAGGCGCAUGUGGAAAAGUUAUUUCACGCGCAAUUGGAAAAUCCACAGCAGCGGCCCAAACGGAACGCGGAUCAAUUGUGCCAACCGAUUGCCUGUGAGAGUGUGUGUGUCUGUGUGUGUGUUUAGCUGGCAACGGGCCUCUGCUUGUGUGUGUGUGUGCGCGCGUACGUGGAUGUGUUACGGAGUUCGUGCCUGUCCUGAAGGAGGAACCGUUCGGCGUGUGUGUUAAGCGGUGAAUUGCGUCUCGUCGUCCUCGUAGCAGCAAAACAGCGUAAUCCUGGUACACGUGAGAAGGACAAGCGAUGGCUGCUGUAAACUCGGUCCAGAACAGCAUUCGGUUGCCGUUGGCCGGCCUGGCGCCUCCGCGCGUCCUCAUGUGUAGUGCCUCGAUGGGUGCGGAAGGUUCCGUCACACUUCAGCUCCGGGAAGCGGUACAGGCGCCCGAUGCGGCCGGCUCGCUCGACGGAGCGCUCACGAUCGGCUACCCGGAUCCGGACAUGCUAGCCGACAUGCUGGGCACAUUCCAGGGCGCAUCGACCGGUGCGUCCGGCGAUCCGGACGCGGGCAGCUUCGAGCUGCUGCAGGACAGCAAUGGCAGUCCGGCCGGCGCUACCUUGCGCACGUCGGCAGCCGAGCAGCUCGAGCAGCUGGCCGGUGCUAUCCUGACCAAGGCGAACAGCAGUGGUAGCAGUAGCAGCAACGCGACAACCGGUGCGACAACGGUGACGAUAAAAACAGAACCGGGGCCGAAAUCAACCGCGGAAAAAACGAGCACAACCACCAACCUGCACCCGACCAGCCUCACGCCCACCAGUAGCAUCGGCAGCAGCAACCUGUCUCCCUCGUCGACGGCCAUCUUGCACCACGGCACCACGAUGGUGACCGUGAAAAGCUCGCCCGGAGGAAGCGGCGGUACCAUUGCGACCGCCGCCAGCCCAACCAGCCUCAUCCUUACGACGGUCGGUCGGGCCGAGACGGCGUCGGGCGGUUUCGGUGGAGGCAGCAGCAGCAGCGCAUCGUCGUCACCGUCGGCGGCUGCCUCCCCCGUCUCGCUGAGCGGACUGGCGAAGAAACCGCGACCCAAGACGGUAUCACCGACCCGGCACGGACCGCAACAGUGUCAGGUCUGCAGCAAAGUGUUCGGCAAUGCGUCCGCCCUCGCCAAACACAAGCUAACGCACAGCGACGAGCGGAAGUACGUGUGUGGCAUGUGCUCGAAAGCGUUCAAGCGGCAGGAUCACCUCAAUGGCCAUAUGCUGACGCAUCGUAACAAAAAACCGUACGAGUGCAAGGCGGACGGCUGCGGCAAAUCGUACUGUGAUGCGCGAUCGCUCCGGCGCCACACCGAGAACCACCACAGUGCGCUCGGGCUGGCCAACUCGUCCGGCACGGCCAGCCCCGGCCCGGGUGGCAGCAAUGCUGGACCGCCCGGGGGGCUCAGUCUGUCACCGGCGACGGCAAGUGGCGAUGCGAGCUCACCGCACGGAGCAACACUGGUCCAGUACACGACCACGACCGGCAGCGGAACGCCCGGCAGCAGCAGCUCUAACUGCAGUCUUUCGAGCAGCAGUUCGAGCAGUAGCUCGAGUAGUAGCAGCAGCAGCAGCAGCAGCAGUAGCAGUGGAAACGUCAGCGACUCUAGCUCCAGCUGCAAAUCGCCCUCGCCAAGCUCGCCGGCACCCGGCACAGGCAAUGAGGGACUUACCCGCCAACAGCUCGAUCUAAUUUCCCAGAUCAUGCAGCAGACGAAGCAGGCGAAUGCGGCAGCUGCUGCAGCCGCCGCCGCCGCCGCCGCUACCACCACCACCACGAACGGUAGCAGCUCGGUACAGUCCACCAGCCAGAAGGUCCCGGUACGACCCCGCACUUGGAAUAUGCAGCUGCAGCUCAGCCAGAACAAGCUAUCCGCAUCGACCACGGUGGCAGCGACGACAGCACCGACGGUCGUCAGCGCCGUCCCCGUGCCUUCAAUGGCAGUCACAGCGACGACCACACUCUCCGCCUCGAACAGUGGCGCCACCAUCGUGCACCAGAACGGAGGAACCCUUAGCGGCAACGGCAGCAGCAUCAUGAGCAAGGCGACAAACGCUGGCAGUGCUAGUGCCGAUCCUAAUGGACCGGUGACGGCAACCCUCACGGUGUCUUCGUCGUCUGCGGCCAGUACGUCCUCGCUCAGUGCGGUCAGUGCGGUUUCGGCGACCACGCUGACGGCUGGGACAGCAGGACCGGGUAGUGGCAGCUCUUCUGCUGCUGCUGCUGCUGCUGCUGCUACCCAACAAGCUGCCACCGGUACCACCGCUACCACAAAUACCACCACCACCACUACGACCGCUACCAAGCUGGAGCAGAAGCCGGUCGAGUGUAAUCUGUGCCACCGGAAGUUCAAAAAUAUUCCCGCCCUGAACGGGCACAUGCGACUGCACGGCGGCUACUUCAAGAAGGACUCGGAGGCGAAGAAAUGUGAUAAGAAGGAAAACACGGGCCCCCCGCUACAGACGGCGAGCGUGGGCGUGCGGGCACUGAUCGAGGAGAAGAUUAUCAACAAGCGCAGCAAGGAUUUGAAGAAUCUCUUGUUGAAGGGUUCGUUCGUGGUGCCGGCACCGCCGCUCACCGCCCGCCGGCUGAUCGACGCCAACGAAGCAUUCCUCUCGUCCAAACCGAGCACGGUCGCGAUCGUCUCCACGUCGAACGGCACCACGCAGAUCAUCAACACCGCCACCCUGCACUCCAAGGCGACCGUGCUGAGCGUCAGCAGUGCGCCGCCGCCCUCUAACAACACCACCACCUCCACCACCCUCGCGCCCUCGAUAACGAUCAACGGGCUGGGGGCGGCGGGCGCAGCAACGGAGCUGAAGGAUGCGACGCUCAUCGAACUGCUCAAGCGCGGCACCAAGGUGGCCGUGAAGCGGGCGAUGGCGAGCGGUGACACCUCCACCGUGCUCUCACUACAGCCACAAGCCACGCCCAACCCAACGGUGACGGUGGUUUCGACCGCGAGCAGCACCAACCCUGCCCAGCUGCUCACGUCCGCCAACACGCGCACGCUUACGGUUGUCCCGACCGGCCCAACGCUUUCCACCAGCACCACCACCGGCAAGCAGUCCGGUCAAACGAUCGCCGGCCCAACCCUGCUGGCCAAUGCCACCGCCAGCACCGAGCCGACGCCCCUGUCGCUAACCAUAUCGCAAGCGCCGGCCACGACCCCCGGCGACGUGUUCACCCUCGCCUACUCGACCGACUUCGGCGACGGCGAUGUGUACAGCGUGAGCGACACCGCCAUGCUGCUGCAGGCCGUCGAUCCGAUCCAGCUGCUGCACGACUCCAACUCGGCCGAGCCGCUCGACGAGAUCGCCCUGUCCGACUACGGCUCGAUCAGCGACCAGGGCUUCACCCCGUCCCGCCAAAUCCAGGCCGUGCUCGACUCGCCCCUGCCCGAGGGAUUGGCCGAGUUUAGCGCCCUGCACGGCAAGGACUUUAGCGUCCUGUACGGUGGCACCGGUGCGCCCUCCAGCGAACCGAACGGCAGCAGCAGCACCACCAACACCAGCGCCCUACUACAAUCAUCCCCCUCGGGGGCGCAUCUUUCCCCGCUACCCUCACCGCUAGCCUACCCAACGCCACCGGCAUCGCACGAAGCGGUCGCUCAAGCGUCGCCCUUCCUGGACGACUCGCGCCACUUCACCGACGCGGGCUCCUUCUUCGACGACAAGCGCAGUGCGCAAAGCUUUCUGGACGAUGGUUUCUUCAAAACCGAACCGAAGGACGGCGACUGCAAGGCGUCCGAGAGCGCGAAGAUACUGGCGCUCAAGCACGAGCUGCUGGACGAAAACCACGACCUGUUCCGGGCGAACAAACACCACCUGCUGGACGAGCACUGCUCGGAGCUGUUCAAGACGGAGGACGGGUUCUUCGCCGAGUCGAAACCGUCGGCGGACGGGACGUCCAAGAUGAACCUGGACUUUCUGGACGACGCGCAGGUGUUUAUUGAGGAGACGCGCAACGCGUCCUCCCCGCUGUCGAAUGCCUUCUUCUCCGCCACCAUGUCGUCGGCGGCGGAGGUAAAGGAGGCGCUCGACGAGGUCCUGCCGAACGAUGACGAUGACGACAUUGGCGUGUCCGAGGGCGACAUCGACCUGUACUACCUGAACGGCCUUUCCUCGCUGCAGUCGCAGAUGAUGCCCAACUCGGACGAUCCGCUGCUGUCCUCCUCGCCGAAGGACUUUGCCCACCGGCAGCACCAGAAGUUUCUGUUCGAGCAGAGCCAGGCGGCCCAGCAGCAGCAGCUCGCCCAGCAUCAGCAGCAGCUGCAGCAGCAGCAGCAGCAGCAGCAACAGCAGCAACUGCAGCAGCAGCAGCAGCAGCAACAAGCGGGUGUUACCACCACCACCACCAACCACCACUGUAUGCCUCCCAGUGCCAAAAAGUCCAAACCUUCCGACGUGGAAGCGAGCGGCACGUUCGGGGCGGACGCCAGCAAAGCACCACUCACGGUCCAAACCGACCCGAUGCCAAAGGAUGCCGACAGCGUGUUUCUCAGCCCGAGCAGCCUGUCCUCGCACAGCUGCUCCUCCUCUUCGUCCUCCUCCUCGCUAUCGCUCUCGUCCGUAGCUUCGCCCCGGCUGCAGCAUGCACUGCUGGGCAGUGCCCACCCGGCCGCCGGUGGUGUCGUGUGGCCCCGCAAACGCUCCCAAACAUCAGCGUCCUCACAGUCGCCCUCAGCCAACAGUGCCGCCGGGACCACCCCAUCCCAUCCCGCCGGUCAGCGCAAGCCGACGGUCUAUCUGUCGAAGCUGCGACGCUCCACGGUGGCACUGCUGCCCGCCCUGCAUUACACGCCCGCCCCAAUGCUCAACCCGGAACGGUCCGGCACGGCCGGGCUGUACGCGAGCGCGGCCGGCGGCUCGGUCGUCGAGCCCGAUCUCGACUCCACGAUGGACAGCACGAGCGAUAUCUUUUCCGAGCCGCCGCUGCCGAUCCGGCCGCGCAUCAACCUCGGCCCCGACUAUCAGGCGACCUUGCCGGACUGUACGCGCCCGGCCUACGCGGCGCCGUUCCAGCCGGGCGUCCCGCCGGUGCAGCGGCUCUGGGAUCCGGCGCUCGCGCCAAACGACCGCCAGCUGCAGCGGUUCAUCGAGCUGGCCCGUUCGUCCGCCGCACCGCUGGGUUGCCACUCGGAGGAGAAUGCACUGCGCGCCCUGCUGGAGGCGAACGGUGAGAUACACCAGGCGAUACUGGGCAUGCUGCAGGGCCCGCCCGCCACCAUCCAUCGCCGGUGGACGGCGGACGAGAUCGAGCAGCUGAUACAGGGGCUGGAAGAGUACGGCAAGGACUUCCACCGGAUCGCUCGCGAUCUGCUGCCCGGCAAGUCGACGGGCGAUUGCGUGCAGAUGUACUACUUCUGGAAGAAGCUCGGCAUCGACUACGGCAAGGGUACGACGGCGCUGGCUGCCGGGCCGAAGUACGGUGGGCUGCAUGGGGCGCUUUCGCCUACACCGUCACCACCGGCACCAACGCCCCCGGUAGAGGAUCUGCUGCUCGAUCAUCUCGACUAUACGGCCUCGGCAAGCGCGGGAGCGACGAUGCCCCGGGGGCAACAGGCUGGCGGGUCAAACAGUGGCCAUUUGCAGCCGAAUGGGCACGGUAGUAGCACGGCCAGCGACGUCCGACCGCAUGUGUGCGAGGUUCCUGACUGUUCAGCGAGCUUCUCGUCCAAAGCGGCCCUGCACGGGCACAUUCGCAUACACUGCAUCGGGCGUAACCACAGCACAGUUCAAAAUGGUAAUUUCUUGAGUGCCGCCGGUAACCCCAUUAACCCUAACCACAUACCGACAAAGGAUGACUAUCCCUGCAAGGUGUGCGGCAAGGUAUUCAAUAAGGUAAAAAGCCGAAGCGCUCACAUGAAGUCACACCGGCCGCAGGAUGCAAGCGAUCAGCUGCAGCACCAGCUACAACUGCACCAGCAACAGUUGCAGCAGCAGCAGCAACAACAGCAGCAACAGCAGCAGCAGCAGCAGCAGCAACGGCAGCAGGAUAGCGAAAAGCCAGAAGUGCCCGAAGAAGGCACGCAACUGCAGCUAACAGUGACCAAGUGAGCCUAAGAAUCGCGGAAAGAAAGCGUUUAUGCAAAACAGCAUCUAGACAAUCUUCACAGCGCCUCCCGCCUCCGGCAGAUGGCGCACGGCCGAAGAGGGGAGGGCGCACACGUGGCGGGUGCGAAACGUUGCUACGAAUACAGCAAGGCGCGUACGCCACUGGAGGGGUCGCCCCGAAAAGCAAGCCAACCAACCUGAAACACGUCUCACCGUUUUAUUCACCACCUUGACCGAGGGGAGCACAGGAGUGAAGCAUCAAGUAGAGAAAUAAGUAGUAGAAGAAGAAGAGGUAGAAGAAGAAGAAGAAGAAGAAGAAGAAGAAGAAGAAGAAGAAGAAGAAGAAGUUGAAGAAGAAGAAGAAGAAGAAGAAGAAGAAGAAGAAGAAGAAGAAGAAAAAGAAGAAGAAGAAGAAGAAGAAGAAACUUUACACUUAACUAACGAAAGGUUGUUAAAGCUACAAAUUACCGUGAAGAAAGCAAAAAACUUAACCCCACAGAAGAGAGAAAGCAAAGAGAUUGUAAGAGAAGCUAACCGAGAUGAGUGAAUAGCAGAAACCCAAGCACGGGGAGGACACUAAUGGUUGCCCUUUCCCUGUUUGCUACGGUGUUUGCUAUUGUGUAAGUACUGUGAAAAUACCAGGUCAAAUUAUGUCAACUUCCAGCGAUAACCUUACUAUAACCCUACAGAGCUAAGUGCACAACGAGUGAAAGCAACAAGUGAAGAACUUUAAAAUCUCUCCAAAGCAAAACCGAACGGUGCGGUGCGACACCACCGAGUGUUCGUGCGCGCAGGGGACAGAAAACCCCCCAAUCUUCUAACCUGCUAGCGUAAACCACCUAAGAAUCUAUAUACUUAAGAACCGGGUCGCUCUACCGCCCCGGAACGACUAGCAGGCGUAUGUGUGUGUGUGGGGUGGUUUUUGUACACAAGUCAGUUUUUUUGUGUUGUUAAAUCUUUCUACUCUAGUCGUAAUAUUUGGAACUGCUCAACCUGCACACACACAUACACACAUACAUACU